CAUCCCAAACGACGCCGUUUGAUGUUUUUAAAUAAAAAAAUACCCUAGUUCUGAAGCUACCCACCCGACCCCAUUUCUCUCCCUCAGCUCACGUCGGUUCACCGCCACCGCACGCUCGCCGCCGUCGCCGCGCCUCUUGCUGGAUCCUCCGUGCCGUGUGCUCGCGUAUCCCCUCUGUCCUCCGUCUGUGGUCGGCUGCUCGCAUCUCGCCACGCCUACCUCCGCCAGUGAGUGCUCGAGCUGUGCGUGGUUGUUGCUGCUCGUCGUCCGUGGUUGUCUGACUUGUCUCUGCUCGAUUCUGCCUCUGCAACAACAUGUGAGCAUUUUAGGGUUUAUGAAUAUGAAUUGAUUCUGCCUCUCAGUCUCACUCCAGUCUCGUCUCAGUCACACUUGCCGGCGUCUCGUCUCCUCUCCGGUGUCUCAACGUCUCGCGGCCUUCCCUGGGCUCCUUCUCCCUAAGCAAUUCGUGGGGUUGUCGCCUUCCCUGGGGUCGUCGUCGCUUGUCGUCUUCUAAUUUCGGGUCCUCGCCGUCGCGGAGUCGCCGCCGUGUACCGUUGGUGAGUCCCUGCAUCAUCGCUUCCCCUGUUCUCUCUUUUCCAGAAUUCUCUUCUCCCUGUAUUUUUCCAUGUUGCUGAAUUGCUAAUCAAUUAAUUUACCUUGUUGCUGUAAAUCAUCACUGAACUAGGAUUUGUUGAAUUUAUCGCUGUAAGUUGAAUUUGUUGCUUAAAAUAUCACUGAGCUAAUUUUUUUGGUUGAUGAAAAUCAUCACUGAGUUGAAUUUGUUGCUGAUUAUCAUCACUGAACCUUGGAUUUGUUGCUGUCUUGCUGAAAUAAUCACUUAGCCAAAUUUUUUUAUUGCUGUAAAUCAUCUUUGGAGUUAAAUUCUUUGUUGCUGAAAAUUAUCAUAGUUGAAUUUGUUGUUGAAAAUUGUCAAUUAGCUGAAUUUGUUGCUGUAAGAAGAUUUGAUUCUUAGUAUUGAUUGAUUUGAUUCUUACAUAGGCAGUAUUGAUUUGGUAUAAUUAGUUGAAUUUAGUUUUUAAUUAGUUUGUUAAUUAUUAACUUAUUGACUUAUUUUUCUGUUAUUUUUUUUUUCUAGAAUUUUGAUACUUGAUUGUUAUUAAUGUAUUAUUGUAUUUGAUUGUUAUUAAUGUGUUUGUGAAGACAUGUUUUUGAAUUUUUAAUUUUAAGCUUAUUUUUUGUAAUUUUAUAUUUAUAUUUAAUUGUGACCGGAUCAACCGGUUCAACCCGUGAUCUACCGGUUGAACUAGUAACCCGGUCGUAUGACCAAGUCGAUUACUGGUUCGGAUCUAAUUACUAUGUUCUAAACCAAUUAUUUAUUAUUUCAUAUUUUCUCUUUUAACUUGCAUAUAAUUAAGCGAAGCACGUAUCAAACCAAAGGAACUUUUGUUAUAUAUGUUGGUGAUUUGUUGGAUUACCAUUGUGAGAAAAUUGAUGCAAUCAGGGACUAAACUGCACAUAACGUGGAUAAAAUGACAUGUUUCAAACUUCCAACCAGCGAGAGAGUCAAAGUUAUAAAGUUCUGUUUUGAAGGUUUCUAUCUUACGUGGAAGUAGGAUGAUAAAAUGGGAUUUUGAAGGCAAGUUUGGUGCAUUAUAGAAAGUUAGAAACGCAUCUGUCACUCUGAAUAAGAUAAUAAGAGAUGUAGUUAAGGCUAUAUUUAUUUAAUAUGCUAAAUGCUUGUGUUUUGCUUAUUUGCUGAAUGUUGUGUUUACUUCCUGUUUAGUUUACUGAAUUAAUUUGCUAAAUGCUUGUGUUCAUUUAUUUUCCAAAUGUUGUGUUUAUUUCUUGUUUAGUUUUCUGAAUUAUUUUGCUAAAUGCUUGUGUUUUGACCUGUUGUUGUUGUUCAUGAUGUAGUUAUUUGCUGAAUAUGUUUUUUGACCUGUGUUGCUGCUGUUCUUGAUGUAGUUAUUUGCUGAAUGUUUUCUUUUUUACCUACAUUCUUGCUGAAUUAAUUGUUCAUGUUUUGUAUAAGAUCGAUAAUUGUAGCUCUACUCCUAUUGGUUGAAUACUUUGUUUUAUGGAUUUUUAAGCCAGAGAUUCUUCCUUGCCUCCAGGUACGCACUCUUUUUAUUCUCUCAUCAGAUCUCAUUUUAACAAUUCUUAAAUUAGUUUAUUUGUUUAUUUAUUUCUGAUUUGCAUGGAAAUGGGGGUUGAGUUGACCCUUUUGGUUUUAAUUUUAAAUUCUUUCAGGGAACCAUUGUUGGGGGUUGAGUUUGACUAAAAAACUUUUAGCCAAUGAAACAAAGUGGCAAGCAGUAGACAGAGAAGACAGAAGAGGAACAUAGAGUGUACGGCAAAAGAGGUGACAGCAGAAUGUGAUGGAGUGAGUGUGUCACCGACGAUUUCUCUCUCUUUUGCACCUCCUGCAUCCAUUCAAUUUUAUGAUCACUUCACUGUCUUUCUCUCUCUUUUUUCUUGAAAAUAACUUAUGGUUUUGAAUAUGGAGAAGAGCAUAUACACAUUUCUCACUGUGCACCGUUGGGAAUCACUCAACUGUAUGAGGUAUAGUUUGGCUUCACUGAGACCUGUCCAUGGAAGAUUAGCUCUCAAAUUUCUGAAUUGGGUUAUUAACCAGCCCAAUUUUGAGCUCAAUCAUGUCACACACAUACUAUGCACUACCACUCACAUACUUGUUAGGGCUAGAAUGUACAAUUUUGCCAAAGCAACCUUGUCCCAUUUGUUGCAUUUGCCAAUUGGCUUGAACUCUGCCUUUUUUGCUCUUAUGGACACAUACCCAAUUUGCAACUCUAGCCCUGCUGUAUUCGACAUCUUGAUUCGAGUUUGCUUGAAAGAAAACAUGGUUGGAGAUGCUGUGCAGGUUUUCUACUUGAUGGGAUCCCGGGGGUUCAAGCCUUCUGUAUGCACUUGUAACAUGGUGCUUGGUUCGUUGGCGAAGGGCCGGACUCAUGACCUUUUUUGGUCCUUUUUCAAAGGAAUGCUUGCCAAGAGGGUUCAUCCUGAUGUUGCAACGUUCAACAUAUUGUUAAAUGCUUUGUGUGAGCGGGGGAAGUUUAAGAGUGCUGGUUUGCUUCUGAGGAAGAUGGAAGAGAGUGGUUAUUUUCCGAAUGUGGUUACUUAUAAUACUUUGCUCAAUUGGUAUUGCAAGAAGGGGAAGUAUAAAGGGGCGUCAGAAAUGAUUGAUCGCAUGGAAGCUAAGGGUAUUGCAGUUGAUGUUUGUACAUAUAAUGUGUUGAUAGACAAUUUGUGCAGGGAAGGCAAGAGCGCGAAAGGUUACUUAAUGUUGAAAAGGAUGAGAAAGAAUGCGGUGUAUCCCAACGAGAUCACUUACAACACUCUCAUUAAUGGAUUUGUUAAGGAGGGGAAGAUUGCAGUUGCUUCUCGAGUCUUUGAUGAGAUGUUGUUGUUUAAUUUGUUCCCUAAUAGCAUCAGUUACAAUACUUUGGUUGAUGGGCAUUGUCGCAACGGCAACUUUGGGGAAGCCUUCAGACUCGUUGAUCUGAUGGAGUCACAUGGUUUGAGACCUAAUGAAGUGACAUAUGGAGCUCUUUUGAAUGGGCUAUCCAAGCAUGCUGAAUUUGGGUUGGUAUCCAGAAUCCUUGAACGAAUGAGGAUGAAUGGGGUGAGAAUUUGUCGUAUUAGUUAUACUACAAUGAUUGAUGGGAUGUGUAAGAAUGGCCUACUUGAAGAAGCUGCACAUUUGAUGGAUGAUUUGUUAGAAGUUUCCAUCAAUCUUGAUGUCAUUACAUUUUCAGUUCUUAUAAAUGGAUUUUUGAGGGUGGGGAAGAUAAAUAAUGCAAAGGAGAUAAUGUGUAAAAUGUACAAGGCUGGAGUAGUGCCAAACAGCAGUUUGUAUUCAACAUUAAUCUACAAUUAUUGUAAGAUGCGAAACCUUGAAGAGGCAUUAAAUACUUAUGCAAUUAUGAACCGUAGUGGUCACGUUGCAGAUCGAUUCACAUGCAAUGUGUUGGUUGCCACUUUUUGUAGAUGUGGGAGACUUGAAGAGGCUGAGUACUUUAUGGAUCACAUGAGCAGGAUGAGUCUUGAUCCUGAUUCUGUUACUUUUGAUUGCAUUGUAAAUAGUUAUGGAAAUUCUGGUAAUGCAUUAAAAGCAUUUUCUGUGUUUGAUAAAAUGAUUAGCUUAGGCCAUUCCCCUAGUCGGUUCACAUAUGGUGGCCUGGUGAAAGGACUUUGCACUAGUGGAUGUAUUAAAGAGGCAAUCACGUUUAUGCAUCAACUUUCUUGCAUUCCUUAUGUUGUUGAUAAUGUUUUCUACAACACAGUACUUACUUGGGCAUGUAGAUUAGGUAAUUUAUCAGAUGCAGUUGCCCUUAUUUAUGAGAUGAUUAAAAACAAUUUUAUGCCAGAUAGUUAUACAUACAGCAAUCUUAUUGGGUUGCUAUGCAAGAAGCAUGAAGUGGUUGCUGCACUUCUUUUCUCAGAGAAGGCAAUUGAGAAAGGAUUGUUACAUCCUAAUCUUGUCUUGUACACUAGUAUAAUUGAUGGGCUUCUUAAGGCAGGACAUUCAAGAUUUGCUUUCUAUAUUUUUGAAGAUAUGCUGAACAAAGGUGUUACCCCUGAUACUGUAGUAUUGAAUGUACUGUUGGAUUGGUACUCAAGGAAGGGGAAAAUGUCAAAGGUAAAUGAUAUCCUUUCCACAAUGAGGAAUAGAGGUUUAGCCUUCAAUUUAGCUACUUACAAUAUUCUCAUGCAUGGAUAUUCAAAGAGGCAUGCGAUGGCAAAGUGUUCUAUGCUGUAUAAUGGCAUGAUCAGAGACGGUUUCAGGAAGGAUAGGUUAACUUGGCAUUCUCUUAUUCUUGGGUAUUGUAGCUCUGGAUCAUUGGAUGUUGCUGUAAAAAUUUUAAGAUGGAUAACACUUGAAGGUUCUACUGCUGACUGUUUUACAUUUAACAUGCUUAUUACUAAGCUCUGUGAAAGGGAUCAGAUCAAAAAGGCCUUUGAUCUGGUAAAACUGAUGAAUAGGUUAGGAGUUAUUCCUAAUGUAGAUACAUACAAUGCCCUUUUUCUUGGACAUAUUAGAACUGGUGCUUUUGAUGAAGCCCAUAAUGUUUUGCAAGCCUUAUCGGCAAAUGGUUCUGUUCCUACAUGUAAACAAUAUAUCACUUUAAUCAAUAGCAUGUGUAGAGUUGGAAAUGUAAAAGGAGCAAUGAAACUUCAAGAUGAGAUGAGAACACUUGGUGUCACCUCCAGUGAUGUUGCUAUGAGUGCUAUUGUUAGAGGUCUUGCACGUUCAGGGAAGACCGAAAAUGCUGUUUGGGUUCUUGAUUUCAUGCUUGGGAAGAAAAUCAUUCCAACUACUGCUACCUUCACCACAUUAAUGCAUGCUUGUUGCAAAGAAGCUAAUGUUGCAAAGGCUUUAGAAUUGAAGAAUAUAAUGGAGCGUUGCCAUUUAAAGCUUGAUGUUGCUGCAUACAAUGUUCUUGUAUCAGGCCUUUGUGCUAAUGGUGAUACUGAAUCUGCUUUUCAACUUUAUGAGGAGAUGAAACAAAGAGAUAUUUGCCCCAAUACCUCUAUAUUUACUGUUCUCAUUGAUUCUUUUUGUGAUGGAAAUUAUCACAACGAAAGUGAAAAGCUUUUGAGAGAUCUACAGGCAAGGGAGCUGUUUAUUUUGGAUUUAUGUCAAGGCACUGAAAGCUUGAAUGAGUUAUUAGUGAUUGCUAGGAAAGAGUUGAUUCACUUGAGAGAUAAAAGGAGAAGAAAGUUUGGUUGCUAACAGCAUGCUUUUCGUUGGAUGAAUUGGAGGUGCAGUUGAGAUGGCAGUUUUGUUACCCUGCUUGAUGCAAUGUUGCUGAUAUGGUCUGGUUUCACUUAAAGCUAAAAGAAUCCUCUCAGAAUCUCUCAAACUCGGCCAGUCAUGUUCAAGUCCUCACAUUUCACUCCAUUAGGAAGCUCCCAAUCAAAGUGAUACAGCAAUAUGCAACGGCCAGCUCAACAUUUAUUAAGCUUAAUUUGAUGCCCGGGCAUAUUCUUCUUUCAGCACCAAAUGGAAUGUAUUCAAAAUUACUUCCUUUGUAGUUAAUGGUAUAUGAUAUCCAUUAAUCUCACAUGCUUCUCUACAUUCUCUAGGAAUCAAAAGUGGAGCUGGAGGGUGUAACCUUAGGGUCUCUUUGACCACUGGUUUCAAAUACUUGAGCUCAUUAUGGAUGCCGAAGGGUAAACCGCUGGUUGAACUUUUGUGGCAACCACAGCUGUUGAUUCCAUCAUCAUCAAAAGCCACAGAUGCUUGUCAUAACAAACCUCAAAAGUGAGGCAUCUAAUAGUAGUCUAUGGAAACCCAAUACAGAGCUUGUUGAUGGCCUUUUCCUCCUGACUAUCCCAGAAAGUUAAACAAAUUACUAAGAAAACAAGCUUAUGCAAUAUAUUUCCUGGAGGAAAUUUUCUUUUGCAAUGCAACCUUGGUUAAGUUUCUUUUUUUGUUUUUAAAAUAAAAAAAAAAUCUUAUUUUUAUUGCUAGUUUGAGUAGUUUUACACAGCUGACUAGCUGGGCUGGGUAUAGUGGUGGUGACUUCCUUUUUUAAUCAAACAGAAGUAGGAGAUCUUCUCUCCCACCCCCAUUUUUUUGGGGAAACUGUAAAAAGAAAUUAUGUAGUUAUCUGAUUUUGCAGUACUCACAAAUAAUUAGUACAAUAAUAUAAGUAUAUUUAUUUU